AUGAAAUGUCAGUCGAAAAUUGAGGAAAUCGACGAAGAAGAAAUCGCCCGUGGAGAGUUAGAGGACUUAAUUGUAGAAACAAAGUCCAUUAUAAAGUCCAUUCUGGCGAGAAAUAAAUCGUCAAUUGCCGAAAUAUCUUUUAUUGCACCUCACAGCUCGCGACUACCAAAAAUGUCGUUACCUACAUUCAAAGGAGAAUAUUUCGAAUUUAAAAACUUUAUGAGUCUGUUGAGUUUCGUGCACAAUGAUCCCACAAUCCCGGAUAUUGAAAAAUUUAAUCAUUUAGUAUCAUGUCUAUCCGGUGAAGCCUUAGGCACAGUGAAGUCCUUCCAAAUGUCGGAAGAAAAUUAUCCAAAGGCGUUGGCAAGUUUGAGAAAGGUGUAUGACAAUAAAUGCCUGAUAUUCUUUAAUACAGUGUCUAAACUUUUUGAAUUGUCAAAAAUCCAAAGGGCUUCUGCGUCGUCUUUGCGAUCAAUGAUUGAUACAGUGUCUGCAGUAUAUGACUCCCUCUUAUCGCUGGGUAACGAUAAAAUUAUUUCAAAUGCGAUGUUGAUUCACAUAGUCAUGUCGAAGGUUGAUCCCACUACUCGGUCAAAGUGGGAGGAGCAACUUGACUAUGAUGAGCUGCCGCUUUGGGCUGAGUGUGAAGCUAUGCUAAACAAGAGAUACCAGCAUUUAUCAGCUGAAGAAGCUUCAUCAUCCGAACAAAGGCCAAACAAUGAAGAUACGCGGCAGAAAAAAAAAUCAACAAUUACGACACUCAAAGACAACAUUUAUCGCGACGAAUUCCAAACUGCUGACUUGCCUUCACUGUGGUUCUAA